AUGAGCACCGCGGCUUUCUCUCUACACCCCUCAAUUCUGUUCAAAUUUCGUGCCAAACACAGCUUCUCAUGGAAAUUCACCCCUAACAAGCAUUCGUCUUCGCUCGCCAAAAUUUGUUGCUCGCGGAACAACACGCCCCAACAACAGCUUAACCUGUCCGUCCUUCGAUUCACUCUAGGGAUACCUGGAUUGGACGAAUCUUAUUUGCCCAGAUACAUCGGUUAUGCAUUUGGGGCGCUUUUAGUGUUGAAUCAUUUUGUGGGCUCGGAUUAUUCAUCCACUACUGCAGCUCAGCUGAGAACGGAGGCAUUGGGACUUUCUUUGGCCGCAUUCUCUGCCAUUGUUCCAUAUCUGGGAAAGUUCUUGAAGGGAGCCACUCCAACUGACCAGAAAAUCAUCCCAGAAGGAGCUGAGCAAAUUUUUAUCAUGUCAGAGGAUGUGAAUGAUGACAAGAAGGCAGAUUUGGCUUGGGGAACAUAUGCUCUUUUACGCAAUACAAACUCAAUAUCAGUGCUCAUCUCGGUUCCGGAUGCCUUGUGUGUGCGUGGCUAUUGGAAUACACCGAAAGAUUUGUCCAAACAAAAUGUUCUCAAUUGGUUCGUAAAGAAGACUCAAGAAAUAGGUUUCUCCAAUUUGAAGGAUACCAUGUAUUUCCGACCAGCUGCAGAUUCUGAGUUGAAGGAGAUGGUUCCAACCGGGAUUCAGUCCUUCCUCGUGCAACCUAUUCUGGAUGCUUCAAGUCAAACAGUCAACAGCAAGGGUUUUGUCCUGUUGGCUUCAAGCAUGGAUUAUGCAUAUACUGAUAAAGACAAAGCAUGGAUAGCUGCAAUUGCCAACAAAUUCUAG